AUGUUCGCUUGGAUGGUUUUGCUCUGCGCGCUCUCUGCAGCUGCUGCAGGUGCUGGCAUUGGCCCUCGGCUCAAUAAUAACCAGCUGUAUAAAUGGCGCUACAGCACAGAGGUGCGAGUGGACAGGGCCCGGGGGUCCCCGCGGAGCAGCUCUGGCUACAGACUUUCCUCAGACGUCCACUUACAUCUGGUGUGGAGAGACCCCAGCAGCAAGGACAAUCAGCUCAUACAAUUAGCAAUUUCAAAUGUUCGAGUGGAGCAUGUGUCCCAAAGUUCAACCAGGAAAAACAUCAUCGAAGGGUCCACAGCUGAAAGUCUCUUUGGGAAGCGCUCAUUUUCAGCUCUGACAAAACCAUUUCUGUUGCACCUGAAACAUGGAAAGACAAAGGCAUUCUACUCUUACUGGGCCGAACCUGCUAUUAUCAAGAAUAUAAAGCGCGGCGUGGCUAGCCUUCUCCAAGUGCAGCUUCACUCUGGGAAAGUUAUAGAGAAUGAUGUGUCCGGAAGAUGCACUGUUCUGUACAAAGCAGAGAAAAACCAAGUGAUAAGAACCAAAAUCCUAGACUCAUGCAAGACUCCAGAGACGGGAUUCACCACUCCUAGUAAAGUGCUGGGGGUGAGUAAGAAGGCCAGUUCUGUUACAAGUUUCACCAUUGAAGACGGGUUUCUUCGCUCGGUUGCGGCGGAAGAAGUGCACAGCCUGUCUGUGAAUUCCCACAAAUCCACUGGUGCUAAAGUCGUGUCCAGACAAACGUUCAGUCUGGUGGGAACAGAGGAGGGACCGCUCGAGGCCGCUGGAAAAGAUGUGACGAGUGUUGUGAAAACCAUUGAUGCCAAACUUGCAGCUGUUGGUAUCAUAGCUGAGAAGGUCAAAUCCCAGUGCAAGGGCUGUCCAACGCUGUUUGAGCACUGGCAGUCCCUCCAGAGUCUGCUGGAGCCGCACAGCCUGUCUAAAGUCUCAGCUCCACGCAGCUUUCUGGCCCUGAUCCAGAGCAUUCGAAAGGCAUCCAAGGACGAGAUCCUCAAAGUGCUCAAGAGUGCCAGCAAGACAGCCCUACCGCAGGUAGUCGAUGCUGUGACGUCCUCCCAGACACACGCCUCUCUGGACGCCAUGCUGGAGUUUCUGAACUUCACAGACGCCAAAGCUUUUGUUCUUCAAGAACGCUUUCUCUAUGCGUGUGGCUUUGCUUCACAUCCAAAUGAGAGGAUGCUCAAGGCUCUGCUGGACAUCUCCAAAGGAAAAAUUGGCAAUAACGACAUCAAAGAGUCUGUUGUAAUCAUUAUGGGCGCACUGGUCAACAAACUGUGUAUGAAAGGUGGAUGUAACUUACCCACUGUUGUGGAAGUUAAAAACAUGAUUUUAAAGGGUCCAGAAAGCACUCAAGAGGAGUCCCAGGUCCAGAUGUUUCUUCUGGCUCUGAAAAACGCCAUGCUCCCAGAAGCCAUUCCCAUUUUUGUUAAAUAUGCAGAGGCCGAUCUUGGGGCUUUCAACACGAUUGCGCUUACAGCCCUGCAGAGAUAUGACAGCAAACUCAUGACAGAAGAGGUCAAGCAUACAGUGAACAGAGUUUUUCAUCAGAACAAGCGUAUCUAUGAGAAAAAUGUGAGAGCUGCGGCGGCUGAUGUGAUCCUGAGUAGUAAACCUUCAUUGAUGGAGGUCAAAAAUUUGCUGCUGUCUAUCGGUCAUCUACCUCAUGAAAUGAAUAAAUACAUGCUCUCAAAAAUCCAGGACAUUCUGCGCUUCCAGUUGCCUGCCAGCAAAACCUUACAGGUGGCAAUGAAGGACAUGAUUGUCAACAACUACGAUCGCUUCUCAAAAGUUGGCUCAUCCUCUUCUUUCUCUGGAUUCAUGGCACGGUCCGCUGACGUCACCUCCACGUACAGUUUGGACAUUUUGUAUUCUGGGUCAGGAAUUCUGAGAAGGAGCAACAUGAACAUGUUUGGUGCAAGUGAAGGCGCUGUUCUGCAUGGCUUACAGGUGGCUAUUGAAGCCCAGGGGCUGGAGUCUCUGAUCGCUGCGACCCCAGACGAGGGAGAGGAGAACCUGGAGUCCUUCUCUGGGAUGUCCGCACUGCUGUUCGAUGUGCAGCUUCGACCGGUCAACUUCUUCAAAGGGUACAGCGACCUCAUGUCCAAAAUGUUCUCUCUAUCCGGGGAUCCGCUCAGUGUGGUCAAGGGCCUCAUCCUGCUGUCGGAUCACUCAGAGGUGAUCCAGCUGCAGUCUGGUCUGAAAGCCAGCGCAGAGUUCCAGGGUGGACUGUCUAUUGACAUUUCUGGAGGAAUGGAAGUCAGUCUUUGGUACAGAGAGUCCAAGACCAGUGUCAACAACAGGGGAGCAUUGGUCAUGUCUGGAAAUGUCACUGUGGACAUGGACUUCUUAAAAACGGGAGUUGAAGUCAGCUUCGACACAGAGGCAUCUUUGGACUUCAUCACCACUGUUCAGUUUUCCGAGUAUCCCUUCCUGAUCUGCAUACAGAUGGACAAAGCCACGUUUCCAAUCAGUGAGCAUGUGGCCAGAUAUGACAGUUUACCAUCAGGGAAAAACACUUUAAUGCAGAGAAGCCAGAAGCACAUUGUACCUGGAUCGGAGUUCCCUUUGCAUCAGGAAAACUCAAACAUGUGCAAGAAGGUGUUCGACUCCGGCUGGUAG